AUGGCUUCGGAUUUGGAGGAGAUGGUGCGCGUCGCCGUCAGGGACAAGCUGCUGCUGAUGAAAAUCCCAGAGAAAGAAAAUGGCUUUUUGUCCUCAGCUUGUUGCCUGUUAGAGAAGCAAAGAGAACUGGCGGAAGUGGAGAAGAGCUUCCUGGCCACCAAAGAGGAGUUCCAGAAAAAGAUGGAAAAUCUGCAGCAGCGACGGCAAGAAUUGGAACGCAAAGAGAGUCAGCUCAAACAGGCCAUUUUGAAGUUUGACAAGUUCUUAAAGGAGAACGAUGCCAAACGGGGCCGAGCAAUGCGCAAAGCUAAUCAAGAGAAGGAGCAGAUGGCUCUGAAGGAGGUGGAAGCAGAAAACCUCAGGCAGGAAACGGCCCAGUUGCUGACGGUGAAGAAGAAACUCCAAGGAUGCCUGGCAGCUCAUAAGCCUUUCCAGGAGUAUCUGCAGAAAGUCCUGGGGAAGGCGGAGCAGUUUCAGGAAAUCCCAGAGCUGAUAGGUCGGUUCCAGACCCUGUUGGCCACCCAGGCCAGCUUGGCCCAGAGGGAACAGGCUGCCCGUGAAGCCGUGGAGGAGGAGCGCACAUGCUUGCAGCAGUACUUGGAGGACAGCAGUAACCAGAUUUUGCAGCAAAACAAUCUGGUGGCUGAGCUGCAACGCCAGCUGGACCAAGUCCGGGCCAAGGUGUUUGAACUGGAGUCCAACUGGAUCUGCAUCCAGAACACCGCGGCUGACAAGACUCUGGAGCUGGGACAGAUCAAGCUGGCAGCCCUGAACCUCUUCCAGAUGGUGGCCAAGCAUAGGAAGCUACCAACUAAUGUACCACAGGAGGACACAGAAGCUCAACUGGAUGCGGUCCAGCUUUGCAUUGAAGAUUUAACAGCUAUACUUGCUGAUUUCCGCAAAGGAGAGCCGCUACAAGCUUCACAGCCAGAAAAAGUGGUGCCAUCUCAAUCCAGUACAGCAGCCAGCCAGUCACAUCCACUAUCUAGGAUAUCUCCAACUGGGGUUCUGCUCUCAGAAUCCACAGCAUGA